AUGCUACUGAGUACUGCAGCAAUUACGGUCUUGUCGUUUUCUGUCGCUGUGGUUUCAGUUUCGGGUGUGGUGAACUCUGAAACUCAGGCUGAAGCUGUGAAUGAUUUACUGCAAAGACUCAUUCCAGAUCAUGUUCACAAUUUUGUCAUAUCAGUAAAAAAUACAAAGGGUUAUGACUCGUUUCAGAUUUCAAGUUCUGGUGGCAAGAUUUACAUCGAGGGUACAACAGGAGUAGCUGCUGCUUGGGGUGUGCAACAUUAUUUGAAGUAUUGGUGUAAUGCUGAUGUCUCGUGGUCUGGAGAUCAACUCAACCUCACUAAUCCAUUGCCAACAGUAGAAGGCAUCGUAAAAGUAUCAAGUCCUUAUCGAUAUCGUUAUUAUCAGAACGUCUGUACAUCAAGUUACUCGUUUGUUUGGUGGGAUUGGACACGGUGGCAACGUGAGAUUGACUGGAUGGCUCUGAAUGGCAUAAACUUGCCAUUGGCAUUUACAGGCCAGGAAGAGAUAUUGAGACGAGUGUUUUCUCACUUUAAUUUUACAUCUGCUGAUUUGGCUUCUUUCUUCUCGGGCCCUGCAUUUCUUGCUUGGUAUCGUAUGGGCAAUAUUCAAGGCUGGGGAGGUCCGCUGCCGGAAGAAUGGAUGUUUACACAAUUACAGCUGCAACAUCUAAUACUUACUCGCAUGAGGUCGUUUGGCAUGAUGCUCGUUCUUCCUGGUUUUGCCGGUCACGUGCCUUCCUCUAUUACUCGGUUGUAUCCCAAUGCAUCUGUGCAUCAGACGAUGACAAAGGGUCGUACAUGGGGUCAUUUCUCUCAUCCCUACUGCUGCACAUAUCUUCUUGACCCCACUGACAGUCUAUUUCGAGAGAUUACUCAUGUUUAUAUGUCAGAGUUGAUACAAGAGUUUGGUACGGAUCACUUUUACAGUGUCGAUCUAUUCAAUGAACUCAGUCCAAAGUCUAAUGAUACCGAGUACUUACACGAUCUCAGUGCUGGUGUCUUUACUGCUAUGUCUUAUGUAGAUCCUGCGACUGUGUGGGUGAUGCAAGGUUGGCUCUUUCAGAACGACGAGGAAUUCUGGCAACCGCCUCAAACGAAAUCGUUAUUGCUGGGCGUUCCGAUUGGUCGCUUUUUGAUUCUUGACUUGUUUGCGGAAGUUUAUCCUCAAUGGCAGAGAACUGAAUCGUUCUAUGGGCAGCCGUUUAUUUGGUGCAUGCUGCACAAUUUUGGAGGCAACCUGGGAAUGUAUGGCACAGUUGAAAAUGUCACUCGGGGUCCCGUGGAAGCCCUUGAUGAUUCGAAGGCAACUAUCGUUGGUACCGGUUUGACACCCGAGGGUAUCGAGCAAAACGACGUUGUAUAUGAACUGAUGAACGAGAUGGGUUGGAGGACUCAACCUGUUAAUCUUGCAUCGUGGAUAGUUGGUUACGCACGAAGGCGAUAUGGUGGAGACAAUACUUUGGUGUCCACCGCUUGGUCGUUGCUUUUUCAAAGUAUUUACAACAGCACCAUUUCACGACAGAACCACUGUCAUGCCAUUCCUGUUGUGAGACCCGCACUUGACCUUAACCCUCCUAUAUGGUAUAAUAUUAGCCAUGUGUAUGAAGCAUGGGACUUGAUGGUGAGGGCAGCACCGAAAUUUGCUGGUAUAGGAACAUUCAGGUACGAUCUUGUGGAUUUGACACGACAGGCACUUCAGGAUUUCUCGAUUCCGAUCUACAAGCAGCUGGUGAACGAAUAUAACAACAAAAGUGCAACCGGUGUAAGAAAUGCUGGCAAUGUGCUGUUGGAGUUGCUGAGAGAUAUGGAUCGUGUUCUACUGACAGACAAACACUUUUUGUUGGGUAGAUGGUUAAACAGUGCAAAAGCUCGUGCAGUAAACCAUCAGGAAACGGUUCUCUACGAAGUCAAUGCUCGUAACCAGAUUACACUUUGGGGUCCACACGGAGAGCUUCACGAUUAUGCUAACAAAAUGUGGGCUGGCUUGGUCAGUGAUUACUAUACCCAGAGAUGGGCUGCAUUUGUUGAUCAGCUGGAAGUCGCUCUUACACAGAAUCAAGCAUUCAAUGCUACCAAAUUUGAAUCGUUGGAUGUCGCCUUUGGAUUGAAGUGGACCACAGCAACGAAUAGUUAUCCUUACAGAGCACAAGGUGAUACGGUAUCUGUUGUGCAAGAGCUCCACAAGAAAUAUCGACCACAUUUGUAUGGCAACUGAAUAGCCAUGAAAUUGAGCCAGCGGGUCUCAAAUAUCCAUGCACUUUCAUACCACAUGUUUCGAAGUUGAAACUGGGUACUGAGUAAUCGAGAUAUUAAGAAUUAAUAUUGCCUCAGUUCAUGUUUAUUUGACAGUCAGUCUGGACUUAGUACGAAAAAUCAACAAGAAAUAAAUUGGAACACUUGAAUCGAUAAAUGGUGAUUUGACUUUGGGUAUUUGUAGAGCCAUUAUGUUAGGAUGCAUUGACAAUCAUCAAUGCACCACCAAGAGAGCAGCGAACUGGUGAGAACACUCGGAUGUUACUGCUUUCUGUUCGCUUCGAGCAAAGA